AUGAAGUCCGUCGUGAAUUCAAUUUUAUUUAACGUGUCCAAGAAUGAAAUGUUUAAAAUAAAUGAAAACUACAAGAUGCUACAUCGAAAAUUGAAAACGACGUGGAAGGUUAUGAUAAAUCGUGAAGCGCUAUCACCUAGUGUUCUGCAAGACAUCAAGAUACUCGUUAUACCGGGGCCGCAGAACGUGUUCACAGAUGACGAAUUCGCUUGCCUUAAAAGCAUGGUCGAGAGAGGAGAUUCAGUUCUUGUGGCGAUGACUGACGGCGGCGAGGAGCGCAUGAACACUAACAUUAAUUUCUUUUUAGAAGAAUAUGGGAUUGUUGUUAAUAACGACUGUGUGGUGCGUGCCAAAUACAAUAAGUUCUACCAUCCGAAGGAGUGUCACAUCUCCAACGGCGUGCUGAACCGAGGCGUCACGAAGCACAUUAUGAAGAUGCCCAACUACACCGCCGAGUCUGAUGAUUUUCUAGAAGAACCAGCGACACCUACCUUCGUAUAUCCUUACGGUGCAACAUUGACAGUGAAAAAACCUGCAGCCGCCAUCUUAUCUAGCAGUGACGUGUGCUACCCUGUGAAAAGACCAGUUGCUGCUUUGUACACGUCUGAUAAGAGUGGAGGUAAAUUAUUCGUCAUUGGUUCCGGACACUUCUUCGCUGAUCAAUAUCUGGAGAGCGAAUGCAACGACUUCAUUAGAGAGAUGAUAUUCAACUACCUCGGAGGAAUCACGGACGUACAUCUAAAUCCCGUCGAUGUGGAAGACCCUGAUGUGAACGAGUACCGUACACUGGGGGACGCGAUGUUCCUCAGCAGGGUGCCGCUGCCGACCCCCGGCACGGCGCCGCCGCCACGCCUCGCCCCACUACACCCGCACGCGCUGUUCACCUGGAGCCUGUUCUCGCUUAACCUGGCGCAAUUGCCAGAAGUCCUCGGAUUGUAUGACGCCUUAGGAGUUAAACAUGAACCUCUGAGGCUCAUCGCGCCGCAGUUUGAGACACCCUAUCCACCUUUACAGCUCGCGGUUUUCCCGCCAACGUUCCGCGAACCACCUCCUCCUCCACUGGAGCUCUUCGACCUAGACGAAGCAUUCAGUUCAGAGCGCUCUCAACUUGCUAGAUUAGCCAACAAAUGCUUGCAGCCAGCUUUUACAAGAAUGGGACAAGGUGAUGGGCGGCAGCUAGAAAACGAGCUGGAGUACUUUAUCCGCGAGUGCGGUCGCGUGGUGCGCUUGUCCAGAGCACAGCCUGCUGAAGAAGGACCGGCUGGGAAGACCAUACUGCAUCAACUCGCAGUACAGCUGGCCACUUUUAAAAAGAUAGCGCCCAGGGAAGACUAA